UUCACUGGAAAAUGUUGACGUGAAAAAAGUACACUGCAUGGCGCAAAUUAUGGAAUUUCUUUUAAAUUUAUUGUUAUUACGAGGAAAAUUUCUAACUACGACGGCAGCUGAGACGUUACACGAGGCAAUUAGAAAAUGUUUGCAGUUCAAGCGAAAAAUUGCAAUAGAAUAUAACACCACGCAGGUCAUCAUGCCAUUCGAAAAUAUGCUCGAAGUUAUCAAUUACAAUUCAAGUCAAUACACGUGCGAAGGAAGAAACCUUGUAAUCACAACUCAAGAAGAAUAUGACUUGUACGAAAAACUAAGAAAUAAUCGAAAUCAAUGUCAACAAAUUCAGCAGUCAACUAGUGCGCCUGCAGAAGAUGCAGCUGCCGGACCUUCCGAAACACCUUCUUCGAAAAUAGAACAAAUGAAUGCAAUUCCCGAAUGGUUACGGCAGGAGUCCCUUAAAUCCAAAAAAGAAAAUUCUGUGAGUGAAGACUACAUAAUUGACAACUUACAUGCAAUUCUUAAAUCGCAGGAAUAUCUAUUUAAAAACGUCAUCAAAUUAGUGAAGCUUCUUGAAAAAAAUGAAGUAUUGACGGGAAGGAAUCAGAAGCUGGAGAAAGUUAAAAAGAAGUUAGUUGCGUGUACAGAUAUUUUGUCUAACAAUGCUCAAACGCCAAAAUUUUCGAGCAUCAUCAACAAUAUCAUCGAAGAAGAAAUAACACGCUGCAGAUUCAGGCACGGUGAAAGCAAGACUAGUGCUGAAAUAAAUCUGAAGGCCCCUCGAGUAGAAGGAAUUGAAGUCGCACUUGACACUUCACAUAUCAAAAAACUGCAAAACGUGUACAAAGAGAAAGACACAAAACACGUAAAGGUAUCAAAGAAACAAGAAGAGAAACAAGUAACAAAAAUAGUCAAACAGGAAGAUAAACGACUAGUACUUGUAACAAAACCUGAGGCACCCAAAAUAAAUGUAAAAGACGACAAAAUCAAGGAAAAUAAAAGCGACGCCAAAAUAAAGUUAAAUACGCCAGAAGCUUUGAGACGAACCAAGUCUGACUCACUUGUACAUGCAAACAAACCCGAAGGCAUACACAAAUUAAAUAGGAACACUCAGACGUUCAUAGAAGAAACACUCAUGGAUUUAGAAAAUUCGAAGAAACUCAUACAGGAAAACGAAAGACAUUUUAAUAGGUUUGAAAAAGCGUUAUGGCACUCUUUAACAACGGUUAAAUUCAUGGCUCUAAAAGAUGAACACAUGAAUAUGUGUAAAUGUGCGUUUUAUAAUAAAAGACACUUUAUAGCAACGGAAAACGAUAUACUGAAAAAAUUUAAACAGGAAGCAGAAAGCGAAAACUUUAACAAAUUUAAGGAGAUCAAUAAUAAAAUGUUCCAGAUGGUGGAACGGAAAUUGAUGUUUGAGUCAGUGCGUGAAGAACUGAACAACAGUGGUCACUUUUUACCACCUGAAGAGAACGGAAUUCCACUGUCAGGAGGGGACAAAAAAAGCAAAACUCAGAAACAUGUUACAAAAACCGAAAUAGUAAAAAGUCAAAAAGCGGAAGAUCAACAUGCAAUCAAGGAACUCACAACAGAAAGAAACCAAUUUCAGAACAUCGUAAAAGAAAAUAUAGCAGUAAAAAGUCCAAAACCGGAAGAUAUCGUGAGUGAAGAUAAUCCCUUUAUGAAGUUACGGGAAGAACUGCCACAAAAUAACCUAGAACUGCGAAAUCAAGUGAAUGUCAAAACACAUUUUCAACAAAUAGGGUUCCCUCAGAAGUCACAAACAAAACUUCAACUGCAACACAGUGAAUCAAAACGGACAAAAGAAGAUAAAAUAGGAGAAAAACCAACAGAUACGACGAAAAACUCAGGCACUAUUUUACAAAAGAAAUAUAGCAGUACAGUUAUGAGUGGUGAUAAUAAACAUCCCUCAUGUUCUGAAGAUAUAGCCAUUCCGAUUGAAAGUCUCCAAAAAAUUCGUAACGAGCAAGAAACAAAUACUAUUAUUAACAGCUUCAAGUCAAUAAAAAGCAAGGAUGCUAAUUUAAGCGCAACACAGGAUGAAAAUAUUUCAAAAACUACAAAAAAAAAUGAGACUGAUAACACACCAAUAGCAAGGAAGAGCUCAGAAGAAUAUAAAACAAGUAAUACGAAAGACGAAAAAUAUGUAGGUUUUAAUAUCAACCCUAUGGACAAGGAUUCUGUUAAUAUAAUUAGAAGUAAUUCUGAACCGACUUAUAACAAUGUGAAGAUUCAACGAGUAAUUAGCUUCUCGCGCAUUAAAAAACUACGAUACCCUCUCAAAAUGGCAGAAGUCGACAGAUUGAGAAGUAUUGACAGAAAUGAAGUUCUGGAACAAAAACAUUCAGAAAUGUUUCCAAAAUCUUCUCAAAAAACCAGAUCGCGUAAAAAGAAACUAUAUUUGAACCAACUUUUGAAAAAAGGUAAUGUUGUAAAAAAGAAACAAUGUGUAGAAGAAAAACCUACACGUGUUCACUCUAGUCCUUCACUGUUAAAAGGGGCAAGUGUCCCAGUUACGCAAAAAAUUGAACUUUCUCAAAAUUUGCCAGAAAAAUUGGCUUCCGAGGAAAAACAACUUUCAGAUAACGUAAAUAUCAAAGAAAAUGCCGAAGAAAAGCCUCUAGAUAAUCCCUUACAACUAAACACGAAAAUAAUUUCAAACGUGGAAAACAUAAACAUUAAUGUAGAAAAAAAUGCAGAAACUUUACCUCUCCUUUGUGAAGAAGAAACAUUAAAAACGCAGAACUUAUCAGAAAGAACUAUUUUGAAAAAUGAAGAAGCAAAAGAAAACCUAGAAGAAAAGUUUUCUGAACAUUCUCUAGAGAAAUUAACAUUGCAGCAAAACCUUCCGAAUAGUAUUACAAUUCCUACAGAUGUCUGCGGAAACGAAAAAUUGCCAGAUGAUUUAUUAGGCAACGCCUCAAGAGCACCAAAACCAGAACGCCAUUUAGUACAAAGUGAAAGUCUUGAUAAAGAACAGAUACCAGAACAAAAACAGAUUGUAGAUAACCGCGGUCUCGAUAAAAAAACAAUUAUAACGCAAAAAUUAAUACUUCCUCAAAACAUGCUGGAAAAUAAAGGAUUGAAAAAUCUAGAAAAAAAGAUUGCCGACCUGUGCGCAACAUCACAAGAAAAAAAGUUUGUUAUGCCUGAAUUACAUACUAUGCCAUCACGGAAAAUUCCAGCAGCAGUAACAACACCAUUUAAAAGUGAACUACGACCAAAAUAUGCGAAAGAACAAAGAAAAGCUCCAACAACUAAGUCCGCAGUAAGGGGCGAAGUGAUGAAAACACAAUUUCCAAAACACCAUGCUUUAACACCACAAGCUGUUUCUGCUUCAGUUGCCUCUGUAAACAAACAAAAAUUGUGGAAUAACCAAAAUUUCACCAAUGCAACAAGGUUGGUUCCAGACAAACCACAGAAAAGGCCACCAAACUGGAAAGUUACGAUGGAAACGGUUUCGUCGGUAGGUGAAAUGAAUAACUUCGCAGACAUUCCAAAUUUUCAAAGCCAUCAAGAAAAAGUAUCCCCUAGAAGUGCUGCAAGCACUUCAGCAAAAGCGCAAAAAGUGUCUCACGAAAAGCGUGUAGAGAUUGUGGAAAAAUAUUCACAAAGGACAUCGCCACAGCCACUUCCUAAUUUCAAAUCUCUUGAUAAUAAUGUAGUCCAAAAGAAGAAAACUACUCGAAAAUCGCCAGAAAUUUUUGUAUCAAUUAAGGAAAAUACGUUUGCCAACAUUAAAAGAGAUAUUCUCAUGCAAGUAAAUGCAAAAAAAUUUAACAAAACUAAAACUGACGAAAAAAUAUUAGCAAAUGCUCCUUCCCAACAAAUUACAGUACAAAAAGGCAAUAAAAAGCAACAAGAAUCACACAAAGAAGUGUUACCAAAUGUUCCUUCUCAACAAAUUACAAUUCAAAAAGGGGGUAAAAAGGAACAAGAAUCACACUCUGUUCUGAAAUUUUCUUCUCAAAAAACUGCGGCACAAAAGGAAAAAAUAUCACAGAAAUCUAAAUUGAAAACUGCUGAUACUAAAAUGGGAAAAUUGCUUACUCCUUCUGGCGAUGCGCAAAAAAAGAAGGAAGAGAAGAAACCCAUGUACACGGUGGAACCGAAAAGCGAAACUGAUAAAGCAAAAAAAGAAAAAAUGUUUAAAGAACUCGAAGCCACAAUACGGAGUGUUAAAAUUUUCGUCGAUAACACUCCUAAAAGACCUACCAGGUUCUCAAAGGCAACAAAUGAAAGGAACAAACGUAAAUUGAAUGAACCAGUUAGUAAAUGUAUGUCCACGAAACAACUGGCAACUAUUCUCAAACAACAAUCUGGCAGCUCUAAAAUAAAACAAGAAAUCAAGUAUAGCAACACUUCUGAACAAAUUAGUAAUGACAUUAUACUAAGCAAACAUCGUCCAUUCAAAGAAAGUAGAAAGCCAACUAGCAAAUAUUCACUACCCAGCGAAAAAACGUUCUUAAAAAAAUCGAAAAAUAUCCACACGCAAGAAAAAGAAAACAAAGAAUCGCAGACGAAGAUAGCUGAAAAUUGUCGACCGAACGUGCAAAUGCUGCGUACUACGAAAAAUGCUAUGAAGAGACAACAAGCAUCAGUAAUGACACCGAAACUUUCCAAAAAUAAUGAAGACAAAAAAAAGUCGCAAACCAAUGUGCCUGCAGUUAAAGAUACGUAUGUCCCAAAAUCGGGUCAAAAGAAGCAGCCCGUUGAAAAGAAAGGCUUGGUGACUGAUCACGUUACCAAAACGGAAACUCAUGUUGGUGCCAUUGCCAGAACUGUUACUCCUCGAAGUGCGUUCAACAGCUCGAUCGUAAACAAGAAUGUCAAUAAAGCGCCGUGUGGAAAAAUUUAUUGUGUUAAAUGGAAAACAGAAAAAGUUACUGAAACUCUCGAUACUCCUAAAACUUAGUGUGUUGCACGCGUUACAAGAUUGUAAAAUGUCUAAAAAUGCAGUAAAAAUGCUACUUUAUGUGAGACAAAAAAGUUUUAAUCUCCAAGCAAGCGUGGUGGCCACAGUAGAAAUGUGUGUCAUUUUUUGUCUAAUUCUCAGGUCAUGUCUCAAAAAUAUACAUUACGUUGGAA